AUGGCGGAGAAGAAGAACGACGGCGAAGUGCCGUACUCGGUCUCCUUCACCGCGACGCAGAGCGGCGACGUCAUCGUACAGCUGCACCCGCACUCGCAGCUCGAGCGCGCGGGCCGCGGUGCCAGGGGCCGUGCCGAUGCUGGACCCCGUCUCGUUGACAAGAACGCGCUGUCCGCGCGCGGCAGCGGGCCCUCGCGCCAGUCGCGCUCGCCGUCGCCCGACUCUCCGCCCGCCAAGCGGGCCGCCUCCGCUGACUCGUCCGGCUAUGAAACCGAUACGCCGGACGAGGUGCAGCAGGAGGCGGUCCGCAGGGUAUGCGGCGCGCUCGGCAUGAGGGAGCAGUUCGAGGCGGCGAUGGCGGCGGGCGAGCUGCUCGAGAUGCUCGAGAGCUUGCCGCGAGGGGCGGUCGAGGCCUCUGUCCGACAGAUGCGGGGUUACAACCGCACGGGCGAGUGGCCAGAGCCCAUUCUCACCAGCCCUGCCCCGCAGCGCGGCCGCUCGCCAAGCCCCGUCGAACGCGCUGGCGCGAGGCAUGGCGCAUGCAACGCGCAGCAAUGCUCGCCUCGCCUCGCGCAAAUGCGACCGUCCUCGCAGCCGACAGUCCACCGCCUGCUACAGAAGCACUGCGACGAAUGCGGCACCGGCGACGCAUGGCAGGCUGGCGGCGCCAUCUCGCGCGGCGAGAGACUACGGCGCUGCAUCGGCGCCAAAACAAACGGGAGGUCGCGGCGCGGCCGCGGCAGCAAAAACAUCGACCUGCCCGCACGCUCGGUGGAUCUCUUCACCUUCACACUGGUCGAGUCAUAG